AUGACCAGCACCAAGCAGGACUUCAUCGAGGAAGUGCGCCGGGCUGGCCGUGAGCGAGGGGACUCCGUUCCCAUCUACAAUGAGCAUGCGUGCAAAUACAAUGAGAUGUACAACGGAGUCCGGUGGCAGGGCCCAGCACAUGUGGCUUUCUCGGCAGCCUCCCUCCUCAAAGACUUCCCGGAAGUUCUGUCCCAUGUCCUAGAUUUCGGCUGUGGCACAGGCCUCACGGGAUUGCAGCUGCGGGCACGUGGCAUCAGCAAGGUCCAUGGUCUGGAUCCCUCUACUGGUAUGCGGGCCAUGAUUCCAGAGGGCACGUACGUCCACAUGUACCAGGACGUGGCAGACUUGUCCUCCUUGUCCUCCAGAUUUGCGAUGAUUGUGUCCACGGCUGUUGUCGCCAAGCUGGCACUGUCACACUUGGAGCCCCGCGGGCACAUGGUCUUCACGUUGAAGGUGUCGUAUUUCAACAGCCCUGAGUUCUUUGAAAUGUUUGAGACCUUGAGGAUGAGUGGCUUCGCCGUUCAGAGGAGCGCGGGCAUCCUCUUGCACACGGACGACCCGCGGAACGAGCACACGAUCGUGACCAUCAGCGAUCAAACCGAGCCUCGGCCCACCAUCAUGUUGUGGUCGACCCCAAGAUCCAUGUCCACAGCCCUGAAAAGAUGUGUGCAGGAUCACCCUCAGGUAGGCACCGUGAUGCAUGACAUCAUGUCAGGGCCCGAGUUUGGGCUUACAGAUCCCGAGAUCCAGGGGACGCACUUUGAUGGGAAGACUGCAGCGACCAAUGAGCAGGAGCACCUUGAGUGGGUCAUACCAUCCGUGUACGCGCGACUCGAUGAAAGCGUUCAGCUGGCGAAGUACCAGCUUUGCUACGACUCCCUGGCCAGCAUCAUUGAAGCGGUCGGUGGACCGAAACCAAUCGUUGUACAGGCUGCAGGCUUGAGGAGCUCCCCGACAAAGGUCAGGACCUUCCUCAGCAACCUCACUGGUCUCAACGUCACUGAGCUCAGCUUGACCUGGCCCCAUGACUCUCCGCUUUGGUAUCGGAUGGGAGGCGGCGGGAACAAGUCGGCGCGAGUUGGAACCGAUGGCUUCCGCAACUAUCGACACCGUUCGUGA